AUGACCAACCAAACAAAAGAAAACGACGAACCAAAUGAACCACCACCUUCCACCUCCGACACCAGCACCACGGCCACCACAGCCACCACCUCCCACUCCCACGUCCAUUCUCACGCCCAGGCCGCCAUCACAGGCCCCGUCGACUUUGCCGAACUACCGGGCCUCCCCCGCCUCCGCUACCGCAUCCUCGACUACAAGCUUAAGCUCUCCAUCAUCGUCUUCCUCCUCGUCCUGGAAUCCAGUCUCCUCCCCAUUUCCCUCUACUACGGCCUCAUCCUGGGCACAACCCUACGGCCCGGUAUCGUCUUCGCCAUCAUCACCUCCUUCUUCGGCAUCGUCACGGGCAUCGAGUUCGGCCUGCGCUGCCUGAAACUCAUCUGGAUGGGCGACACCUACCGCCCCGUCGGCGGCACCCGCUGGAGCUUCGACUUCACCCACUGGACGCUCUCCUUCGGCUACACCGUCAUGACCGCCAUCCUCAUCGGCGCCUCCGUGCCCCACCCCCCGAUCGUGCGCCCGCUGGCGAUACCCGUGUCGCUGUUCUUUAUCCAGAUUGGCUUGCAGCUGGUGUGGAGCAGCUGGAUGAACGCGACUCGCCGGCCUGCGCCGUUUAAAAUCAGUUCGGUUGCGAAGGGGGGCAGGGUCCCGCCGUUGGUGUUUACGUUGGUGGAGGAUAUUGUGGGGGUGGAUGGUGCGGGUGGCAGGGAGUAUCGCAAUGCGUUGGUGGCGCGGUAUGGGGCUAGCUCCCGCUUUCGUAAAAUGAUUGCGCAGCAGAAUUGGUUUUGGGCCGUUGGUGCGCUGUUUGAUGGCAUUGGGACCAUGGUGGUUAUCUGGACCGUGCCAGAAAAGGUGGCCUACGGCGUUGUGUAUCAACUCGACCAUAUCGCAAUGGCCAGGGCUUUUGAUCUGGGCUCAUUGCCCCCCGAGCUUAUUUACGAUAUUGUCGAGCAUCUCGACCAGAGUAGCCUGUCUUCCCUCGCCCGGUCCUCCAUAUUUCUCCACGCCUUGACCUCGGAUCUUCUUUACACCCGCGAUGCGGCCAGAUACAAAUCAACCGGCCUCGUGCGUUGCAUUCGGAGCGGCGCCACCAAAUCCGUGUCUAAGUUCAUCGCGGCCGGCGUCGACGUCAACGCCACCAUCAAUAUCUACCCCGACAUGGAGGACUUCGCCGGCGACACCACCCUGCUUGCCAUAGCCGUCGCCCGCAACCAAAUAGACGUCGUUCGGCUGUUGCUCUCCCACGGCGCGGACGUCUGCGCAAGGAUCGAUGCCGUGCUCUGCUACUCGGUCCUGGCACACCCCUGGGCCGACGCCAACCCGGUGACCCCCUUAUCGUUAGCGAUCACCCAUCGCCAAGCCGAUGUUGCCACGGAACUAGUAAACCACAUGUUGCAUCCCGACGCCGUCGUGUCAACCAUCCGCGGCAUCGAAUACACUGCGCUAGAGCAGGCCGCCCUGUGCCUGUGCCCCUCGAUCGUCCACCGGCUGCUAGAGCGCGGUGCCGACCCCGACCAACGUAGUCGUACCGGCGCCACCAUCUUGUACAAGGUCAUGGCGAACUACGAUGUGCAUCGGUGGGCCGACGGGCUCCCCGACGGUGGGCAGCUGAUCGGGAUGACGGUCGUGGCCCUUCUGAUGUACGGUGCCAACCCCGCCCUGCGCCCGUACCCUCCGGUGCUCCCCGACACUGCCACCUCGGAGCAAUCGAAAAUUGGGGCGUCGCUUUUCCUCCUGGGAAUCGACUCCCCGUAUCCACAGAUCCGGCAGCACUUUGCGGAGCUCCUGCAUCGCCGCGUCUGCGAGAGGUCAGUGUGUCGGGAGCGCAUGUACGACUACGGAGUACCUGGGGCGGAUAUCCCGGGCCAUUGUGCUAUAUCUCGCAGCCAGCUGACCCCUGAAGAACUGCGGUUCGCAGAGACCGUCGAGUGA